GAGGCGGAGGGAUCUGCGCAUCAAAGCGAGCCAGGCGAGCAAAGUUUGGCUGGGGGUUGGACUUUUCCUUCCCGGAGGCGGCACCGAAACAGCUACCCCGUGCGGAAACCCAAACUUUCUACAGCCACUCGGAGCCUCGCGGCCGCCGCCUUCGCCCCGCGCGUGCCCGGGGCCUGCCAGUCUGUCUGUCCGUCCGUCCGUCCUCGUGGGAGCAGCUCGGGCGCCGCGGCGCUCGGGAUCCCCGCAGCUGCAGUGCCUCAGUGCCUGGGCAAGUUCUCCGAGAGUUAGACUCGAAGUUCGAGGCGGCGCGGGCCGAGCUCCCCUGUGCGCCCCCGGCGUCCCCGCCAGGCCCAGCCCCGCCGGGGGCGCCGGUGGCUCUCGCGUACCAGCCAUGUCGUCCAUCCUGCCCUUCACCCCCCCGAUCGUGAAGCGCCUGCUGGGCUGGAAGAAGGGCGAGCAGAACGGGCAGGAGGAGAAGUGGUGCGAGAAGGCGGUCAAGAGCUUGGUGAAGAAGCUGAAGAAGACGGGGCAGCUGGACGAGCUGGAAAAGGCCAUCACCACACAGAACGUCAACACCAAGUGCAUCACCAUCCCCAGGUCACUGGAUGGCCGGCUGCAGGUGUCCCAUCGGAAGGGGCUUCCCCAUGUCAUUUACUGCCGCCUGUGGAGAUGGCCCGACCUGCACAGUCACCAUGAGCUCCGGGCCAUGGAGCUGUGUGAGUUCGCCUUCAACAUGAAGAAGGAUGAAGUGUGCGUGAAUCCUUAUCACUAUCAGAGAGUAGAGACGCCAGUUCUACCUCCAGUGUUGGUGCCACGCCACACCGAGAUCCCAGCUGAGUUCCCCCCACUGGAUGACUACAGCCAUUCCAUCCCUGAGAACACUAACUUCCCUGCUGGUAUUGAGCCCCAGAGCAAUAUUCCAGAAACCCCACCCCCUGGCUACCUAAGUGAAGAUGGAGAAACCAGUGACCACCAGAUGAACCACAGCAUGGACGCAGGUUCUCCAAACCUAUCCCCGAAUCCGAUGUCCCCGGCACACAAUAACUUGGAUCUGCAGCCAGUCACCUACUGUGAGCCAGCCUUCUGGUGCUCCAUCUCCUACUACGAGUUGAACCAGCGUGUCGGGGAGACAUUCCAUGCCUCACAACCAUCCAUGACAGUGGACGGGUUUACUGAUCCCUCUAACUCUGAGCGCUUCUGCCUGGGCCUGCUGUCCAACGUCAACAGGAACGCAGCAGUGGAGCUCACUCGCAGGCACAUUGAUGCAGUUAUAAGGAGUAAUAUAAAGAUCUAUCCCAUCUGUCCUGGUCCCUCAGGGAGAGGAGUACGGCUCUACUACAUUGGAGGGGAGGUCUUUGCAGAGUGCCUCAGUGACAGUGCUAUUUUUGUCCAGUCUCCCAACUGCAACCAGCGCUAUGGCUGGCACCCUGCCACUGUCUGCAAGAUCCCACCAGGAUGCAACCUGAAGAUCUUCAACAACCAGGAGUUUGCCGCACUGCUCGCACAGUCUGUCAACCAGGGCUUUGAGGCCGUCUACCAGCUGACUCGCAUGUGCACCAUCCGCAUGAGCUUCGUCAAAGGCUGGGGAGCAGAGUACAGAAGACAGACAGUGACCAGCACCCCCUGCUGGAUUGAGCUGCACUUGAAUGGGCCUUUGCAGUGGCUUGAUAAGGUCCUCACCCAGAUGGGCUCCCCCAGCAUCCGCUGUUCCAGUGUGUCUUAGAGACAGUGGGGGUGAAGGCGGAGGGAGGGCUUGGGGAAAAUGGCCUUGGAGAUGAAGAAAACCAGAACUCCACCCAGACCAUUUGUAUCAAGGAAGACGACUAUCUUUCAAUCAAGGUGUCACCACCCCGCUUCUGAAACCACAGCAGAAAAUUCCAGGGGUAGAUUUUUAUGAAUAGCUGUGUCUGCUGAAACAUUUGCCCCCAGUUUGAAGGUCAAGGAAUGCCUUCUGCUCUGGUGGCUUGAGCUAACAGGUGGCGUAUUGCCACGUGCCUCCUCCUCCUCCCAGCCUCCUUGUUUAAUGACAGAGAUCUGAGAUGUCACAGUCCAACAGAAAGUGCCUCUCUGGGACUGGACUGUAGCUUUCACCUUUGGAAUGGGGUUCUAGCUCUGCAACUUUGGAUAAGUAUUUCUUCCACUGAGCACGCCUAGUCCCAGCACUCCUGCCAAGUGAGCUAAAUGUCCUAUGCUGGCACUCCGCCUCAGAAUGCCCAGAUGGGCACAUGCAGGCAGACCAUGGGUGAAGCUGGUGAGAGCCAUCCAUGGCUUCUUUGUCCUUUCUCACUUGGAAGGAUCUGCCAAAGCUCAGUGCAUAUACGAUGUGUAGUUUAUACCAUCACAUUUAUUUCAGAUUUCCAUGAUGUUGAAGUGUUCACAGGAAUUGAGGGAGGGCAGUUGUGCUGUGCGAGGUCUGAGUGAGGCAGCACUACAACUAAAUGCAUCUUUCGGCAUUUCUGAGAACUGGCACCAUAUCCAAUGUGUAGGGCUAUGUUGGUUUAUGGAGCCAGUUACAUCAAUGAAUUCACCUUUAAUAUGUGUUCUUUGAAAUGUCUUAUUUAAAAAGCCAUCUUGGGUAGGUGUCUUGACUGGGAAACCAGAGUGGAUCCAGCCACCAACCCAACGCUGAGGAGACACCUGGCAGCAGUUUGGGAAUUAGAUUUUUCAGAAGCCAAUUCAGCAGAAGGGAAAAGUCCCAGGACAACAUGGGCAAAUGAAAAGGGCUAUUAAAUUUUUUUUUUACAUCUUUGAAAAUCGCAGGCUUGGUGCGGAGACCUGACAUCUUCGCCCUGGGAUGUAAGAUUAUCCAGCUUUGGUGGAGAAGCAUCACUGAUGGCUGAAGCAACGAUGCUGUGUAAUAAGACUGUUCCCAGUGGCAAUUACAGAGGAAACUAGUAUAACUUAUUUCAACUGGAAAAAGUCCUUUCCCCAGCCUUUUGUAGAAUACGGCACACAGGAAUGCCACCUGCAACUGGUACUUUCUUCUUUGCUGCUGUUAUUGUAUGAAAUGACUUAUCCCACAUUUUUGCAUGGAUUUAUACCAGGAAAAAUAAAAGGAUUUCCUGUGGAAGUCCCGUCGUAUUCCAGAAGGGAAGAAAGUGUUCAUUUCUGGCAGGUAAUAAAACCUCAAAUGUGAUAAAUCUGCUGAUGCUUCUACGAAGAUGCUGGGGGCACUUCUGAUGCCUCCUCACCUGCAGGAUCCUGUGGCCCCGAAGCUCUAGCCAGGAUGUAUCCUGGCAAACUAGCUGCUCCCCAAGCCUUCUGUAGACACAGGAAGAGAUGGAGUAAGCCCCUACCAAACCUGUGCCAAUCUCCCCACAGGCUGUGGACCUAGAACCCAGACAGUUCAGAACCCUUUGCGUCCUCAGAGGGCAGAUGCGGCGGGUGUGAAGGUUGUGCCUGGCUCCAGCUGGCCUGUGGACUGCUGCUUACAGACACAGGAAGCCCUCUGAACCUUCUGUACGUAUGGCCCCCACAUUCUGAGUCAGUCCUGACCCGGCACUGGAAUGUUCUGCCAUGUCUUCUGCUGAAGUGAUCAUGGUCCUCUCUCAACAGCCAUGGACUCAGUUCCUGCAGGCCUGCCUUCUCCACUUGGUGUAUAAGUUUCCUAAGGGCUUCCUGUGGGCCCCCAUUUCAGGUGCUGCAGAACUGGGGUGAUCCCAUGGCCCGUUUGGCUGCACCUGGAUGGUACCUGAGUCUUUAAUGCUCAGCUCUGAUGGCUACUUCUGGGAGGCACAAAGCUGGAGGGGUUGUUUUUUUUUCUUCCUCUCUUAAAGGCUACUUCCUUGGCCCUUUUGCUUUCCUGGCCAGUCACUGGAGGAUGACACACAAGGACACUGUAGGCAAGUCCACCUUUGGCAUCACUGAAAAUAAGCCUGGUCAUGCCUGGAGUCUAGAAAAUGGUACCACUCUAUUGUGGAGCAUAACACAGGUACUCUGGGCAUGUGAGAUAUUAGUGUCCACAAGCCAUAAAACUAGUUUUCUUAGUUUUAAAUCUUGUAUGAACAACAUUUAUAGAUUUAAACACUUUUUUAAGGGACAGUUGAGGGACAAGAGGAAGGCAGGGCAGCUCUAGUGGGGGCAGUUGAAAAGUGUAGUUCCCUUGGGUAACCUAUGUGUGCUGUUGGAAGCCCAAGCUCCUGUCCUGAUGUCACCUUGUGGCUUGUGCUGACCCACAUGCUCCCAGAGGAGCCAAUUUUUUUGUCCCUUUCCUCUGCUGCUCUCUUAGUUUAGUGACUUAGAUCCUUCUAGUGAGUAUGCAGGUAGCUGCACCAGUGGGUGUGGAUUACAGACCUGUGCAGGCUUGUCAUCUCGGCUCGCCACCUCCCAAGCAGCCUGUAGAAGACCUGACAUUCUGAGACAAGCCUAGCAUUGCGAGCAGGGGCUCUCCUAGGAAGAACACUCGUGCAGGCAAGGCUGCUGGCAGGCUCUACUACUUUCCCAAUGGUGUCUUUUUUAUUGCCGCUGAUUUUUUUUUUUUACGUCAUUGUUAAUGUAUUAAAAUGAACCACAGCACUGAUCCUUUGCUGUGGUGGUUUUGCUCCCUCUCCCCUUGGCUUCCAAGGGUUGGGAUGUGUUCCAGGGCUAAAUGAUUUUUCCUCAAACCACAGAAAGAAGGUUUUCUUUUAAGUAGCAUAUGCAGCCAUGCAUGUACCUGAGCUGUUUGGGUGAGGCAAUAACUGAUUUCAUUCAAACCCAAGUUGUCAUUUCUGGGUUUUAGUCCUCAGAAGGCUAGAAAGAGAUGUGCAGCUAGCUUCCAGCAGCAGAGAGCACAGGUAUAGCUCUGUACCCAUUUCUUACUGUGUGGUUUAAGUGGCUAGAUGUGUCUCCUUUUUAUUAGAAGGAAAUCUGAACAUAGCCCACUUGUGCCAUUUUUCUUUUGUGUGGCAUCAGUGUUCUAUCACUGAAUCCCUUCAAGUAAAGGUCUUCACAAGUAAAGGUCUUCACAAUGUACAGAGCCCUCAAGGCAUGGGCCACCUCCUAGGUGAGUAGAAAGCAGAAAUCCACGCACAGGAUGCCAUGGGUCAACAGUGAAGAUGCAGUAUCCCUGAAGGGAGGUAUUAAAGGGGAAUGCGUGACUCGUGGGCACUUCUUUACAAACAGCUGUCACAGAAAACCAGCUCAGCUCCUGUAAACUGGAUGGAGACAUUUAAUGAUCCUGUAAUUGAUCUCGCUGAUGCAGAUGUAAUGUAUACUCUAACAUUCUGCUGUUUCCAUAUUUAUGUAAUAAUUUCUUAAAAUCAUUCAGAUGGACAACUAUUUAAUUUCUUAAAGAUAGUUGGAAAGCUCUCUCCUCCAAGGAUGGUGACUUGGAAGGGCCAGGGCACAGCCACUUCUGAACACUGGUGGAGGGUGCAGUGACUUUAUUGGCUCAGCAUCCAGGAAUACCAGAUCAGGUCAACAAGUGGCAGCGUGUGCAAACAAGCCACUCUGAGUCAAGCCCAAGCCCUUCACUGUGGUGUGCUCAACACCAAGGUCCCUCCCUCCCAGGGGGGAAAACUUCACAGAAGGCUUUGUGGCUGCUGGGGCAAGUGUGCUGUUGUGGACUCUUGUUUGGGGAUGCUUGGGGGCAUCACUCCUCGCCAGCCAAACCUUUACUAUCUUUGUAAAAAGCAUGUAUUUAUAGUGUUUUAGAUUUUUCUAACUUUUAUAUCUUAAAGCAGAGCACCUGUUUGUUUAAGCAGUGUACCCCCAUUGUUAAAGAGCCAUGUCCCCUCUUCCCUUCUCUUCCUCUUAUAAGUACCCUUCUAAUAAACUUUUCACGGAAAAGCUCUUGGA